ACUGGACGGAGUGAAGACGUACAUGCGGAUGCGGCGGGUUCCAGGGUCCCUGCAGGUCAAGGUCAUCAAGUGGUUCGACUACCUGUGGUUAACUCAGAAGUGCUCGGACGAGGAGAGAGCCGUCAGCUGUCUGCCAGACAAGCUGAAGGCGGAGAUCGCCAUCAAUGUCCAUCUGGACACGCUCAAGAGGGUGGAGAUCUUCCAAAACACGGAGGCGGGCUUUUUGUGCGAGCUCGUCCUCCGACUGAGACCAGUCCUCUUCUCUCCCGGGGACUACAUUUGUAGAAAAGGAGAGGUCGGCAAGGAGAUGUACAUAGUGAAUAGGGGGCGGCUUCAGGUCGUGGCGGACAAUGGGAACACAGUGCUGGCGACGCUCAAGGCUGGCUCAUACUUCGGGGAGAUUUCUAUUCUCAACAUGGGCACUGCAGGCAACCGUCGGACGGCGAGUGUGCGUUCUGUCGGCUACAGCGACCUGUUCGUGCUCAGUAAGAAGGACAUGUGGGACGUCCUCAAGGAGUACCCGGCGGCGAGGGUGCGGCUGGAGGCCAUCGCAGUCAAGCGCCUGGAGAAGUACAAGAAGGCUCCGCUGGAGAAGGUGGCGCUGGGCCGGUCGCAGUCCACGCCGGGCCUGGUGGAGUCGCGGGGCCGAGUGCCGCUGGAGGAGAUGUGGAUCUCGCCGGUGGAGCCGCUCGUGACCUCGACCACCACGGCCAACUCCAUGUUCAGCCCCAGCCACUCGCCCACCAUCAGGUUAAUGUCGGGCCGGGUGCCGCUGCCUCUCGGCCCUCUCCCUCUGGCGCCCCUGGCGCCGCCCCUGGCGCCGCCCCUGGCGCCUCUGGCGGGCGCAGGACGAUCUUUGCCACCUCACCUCCGCAACGUUGACUCCCCUAGCAGUGCCAACUCGAGCCAGCCCUCAUCGGAAGCUGCGGUCCACCCGGCCCCCGGCGCGCAGCCCUACUCGACGCCAGGGACCAUCGUCUCGUGCAACUCGAUGGCGCCGCUGGCGACGCAGCCGCACUCCCGCGCCACAUCCCGGGCGGGCAGCCUGGUGCCACAGGCGCUGCAGGCGAUGCAGCUGCAGGACGAGACGGGCGAGGCGGCGCUCAGGGCCAAGAUCCAGUCGCUGCAGGAGCAGCUGGCGCGGGUGCAGACCGAGAACGCCUCGCUGUCGGCCAAGCUGUCGCAGCAGCGCUGGGAGGUGGACCAGCGCCUGCUCGACAUCGAGAUGCACAUCUGCGGUGCCUCGUCGGGCAACUCAUCGGCGGCCGACGAUCGCGAGUCGUUUAUAUAACAGCGGGGGCCCGGGCCGCCGGUGCGCGAACAGCGCGAACAGCGCGUGCACUCGCACGGCCCGCCUCCUGUGCGGCCGGGCCCCGGGCCGGGCCCCGGGCUGGGCCGGCAGGGACGCCACCCGCUCAAGACGCCGCUAAAGGGACCAACUACUCGAUUACUUUUGGCACACAGACUGUCGCAGGAUCUCGCACCGCUCACGUUGGGGUCCUGUUGGGGGCCCUUACUGUCCGCCUGGCUGCCAUCAUGCAUCCACUUCCCUCGGUUGCCCUGAGCAGAGUCUGUAGGGGGAUUAACAAAUCUAAUUUUAUAUUUAAUGAAAGAUAAAACUACUAAAGAAAGUUAACAUUUACUUUAAAGUCAAAAGGAAAUUUAUUGAGCAUAUUGGAUAACAAAUUUGUUCAUUUUUUUUAAGCCUACAGAAAAUCUCUUUUGUACUGAUCUUCUCUCACUCUCUCCCCUCUCUACCCCCACCCAAACCCUUCCCUCUUUCACCCCACAGCCAUUUCCUCAAGGGGGAUAUACAAGACCAGAGUAAAUGUGAACUGUUUAGUUUUCACUUGUUUUGUUUUUUCAGUCAAAUGUGAAGGUAAGGAGUGUUUUUUGACAGCUGUAUCCAACAUUUUAAUUGUUUUGUUAAUUAUUGUUGAAGGUCCCGUCCAUAAGUUUUUUCUGUUUUUUUUUUUUUUUUUAACAAAAAUGUGGUUUAAUAGUACUGCAACUUACUAGGAAACAGUUUAUAUUUUGAAUGUGUGAAUGUGUUAUCAGAAGACGAAUUCAAUUGUGAAAGUGUAUUGUGCAAGACAUUGUAUGUGUACCUAUCAUACAGCAUCAUGGUAUUUGGAGGCAUUAUCUGACUCUAUUCACUGUUGUGUGUCAUAGCAAAGCGUUCAUCCAAAUUAUUUUUCUGUCUAGGAAGACACAUACAAUUCAAGUCUGGUGUUGUCUAAGCAAGACAGGUAAACUAAUUUCCCACAGUGUCAGUGCUUGAGAGUGCUGACCAUACACGAGAACUGAAAUCAGGACUAGCUACUCAAUUCAGCCUGGCAAUGUUAAAACACAAUUUUAUGCCAUUUCACCAUAGACCAAAUGAAUGGAUAUCUUUUCUGCAGAUUGCUGCUGAUUGACACGUAGUCUUAGUUGCACAGUAGUAAAGAAGAGCAAUGUGCCUUGUCACCAAAUGGGCUUGACCCAUGCCGCCAUCUGCAGGAAACCUCAAUUUCCAUAACUCUUUAAUAAAGUUAUCUGUCUAAACCUGUCUAAAUCUAGUGCAAUAAUACAUGAAUGACUUAUCUUUUUAUAUGAUAUUUCAUUGAUCAAUGCUAGUCCAUUAUGGCUAUCAUAAACUUAUAAUUUUCAAUCAAUGAUGUGUACAUCAGAGGAUAAAUUAAUAAGAGAUGUAUGUUUCUAUACAAUAGAACCAACUUCAAGAAAAUGUUUGCAUACCAGACUAAAAACAACACCCAUUUUGCUACAGAUCCUCUCCUGUAACUGUCACAUUUUAAUUUGAAACAAAAUGCAUUGGACCAAUAAUAUCACACAACUCUGAAACAACGACUGUUGUGUACCUGUGGAGUGGAAGCCUAUUUAUUUCCAGUUUACCCACACAUUUUUUUACUUUGUAUGCCAAAGCUGUUCUUAAGCUGUUAACUUUCUAGCAGUCUAACAAACCAAAACCUUCAAAUUGUUAAACUCAUUUUCCUUUUUUAAAUAAAAUUUAUAGUUGACCUAAAUCAGAACAACUUAAACCCAUUUUAAUAAAUCAAUUGAAUUUGGUUCUUUUUUGAAGAGUAUCUUUAUUGCUCUAAGCUUUCCUGCCGAUAUCUAUUAACUAAGCCUAAUAAUGUUACCGGCCUUGUCUUUUCUGUUAACAAUCGUCUUCUCUAUUGAACAUGAAUGAUUUGUUAAAGGCAUUGUAAAUGGACAGGCGCUUUUGCAAUUAUUAUUCUUACUCAGGAACUAAGCGCCCAACUGUAUAUAAAAUAAUUUAUUUCUAAAAAUCUAUUGACCAUUAAAUAUAUUAUGUUGGUUACAAAAAAUAUGGUUUGUCUCUUUUACUCAGUGGCCUGCAUUUAUUCACAUUUCCCCAAAUAUAUUAAACAAGACAAACAAAAAGCGCUUAAAAAAAAUCAUCAUAAAUAAAAUACUGGCUCAACGCUGCUCCCACCCCAAAUCCUUACCAGGCUAUAAUAAUAAUGGUCUUUAAAUUUCAGCAUAAUUGAUUAAGAAGUGAGCUGCAGGGGUAGAGGGAUCCAAGUUUCCUGAGACACAACACCAAAAAAUCUAAUCCAAGCUUUUUUACACACCCCCAAUGCUGACGUGCAACACAUAUGUGUGCAAGAGAUUGUUGUUAUAGACAAGGAAAAAAAUCAUGUACUGCCAUCUACGACUAAAUAUUGAACUUGUCUGAGAUAAAUUAGAAUGAUCUUUUUUCAAAUAUGUGUAUAUGUAUAAAAUAUUAUUCUGUUUGAUCAGUUUUACUGCAUACUACUUUUAACUAUGCAGAUAAAGCGUAUAUCUAGAUUUACGACAUGGCAAUGUAAAACGGAAAUAUGUUAAUUGUACAAAUGGAAGAGAAAGCAAAUCCACAAGCAACUCCCAUCAAGGCUUAAAUAAAUAUUGUGCAGAAUCUUCAGAAGUAUGAAUAAAAUCAAUAAAGGAAAGUUGUUUAAACCUGCAACAACAUUCCAAUUGUGGUUAAAGCCAGCCAUUUGCUUACAUAUGCAGGGUACCAACGGCCAAUCCGAAAUCGACUGUGAUCUAAUGCCGAAUAUGUAACCAGCAGCGAAGUUUUUUUGUGUUUUUUUUUUCCUCGCGACGUCGUGCUGGGCUUGUCCAGCCGUCCCUGUUUGUAACUACACAGUUGCAGCUGCAACCGACACGGCCACAGGCAGCUUUAUUAUCAGAACCGACUAUACAAAAUAAUUUCACUCGGCGUCGAACUCAGAAGUCGCUCUGCGGUGGGAUGAGGGAAGUGUCGGAAUCUGAGACGACGAUGACAACGCCUGCGACGGGUCGGGUAGGCCCGCCCGCCAAGUGUCUGUCUGGAGAUGGUGGCCUACCCUCAGCGCCUGAGCGGCGAUACCCCCUGCUAGCGGGCUCCCUGCUCUCCUCACCAGCGUGGACGGACAUACCCUUACCCUGCAACGAGACUACUACGUGCAACACUGUUGCUUGCGGAAAAAGUUUGCUAGCCAGGCUUUCGGUUGUUACUUCACGGGUUAUUUCGCGGAGGAAGACCGUCGAUUAGUUGCAUCUGCGCUUGACAUCAGCUACGCAGCCGUCAGCUGUCACCCUGCUACCCAAUGUAUGUUGAGUCGGCGUCACAGCACACAGCAUGAGAAAUGGACCCUUUUUCUCAUGAUCACAGGAGUGAAACUGGUAUUCAGAUUUGCCCCAAGUCACCAGCAGAAACAAAGCCGGCUACUUUGAGGGAGGCUUAAGUUUAUAAUGUUAAAAACAAUAAAGAAUUAAAAUACUA